ACUCUCAACAGAGCCUUUUACAGGGAACUGUUCUUCAAAUUAAACCUCAAACUCCCAAUUUCCCACUCUUAAUUUCCUCAGAUUUUCAGACCAAAAGUGUCGGAAGCACCCCAGUUGUUUUUUGGGGCCAGUGUCGGAAAUGAAUUUGUAAGAACAGUUACCGACGAUAAGAACUGAAAAUGCAGAGAUUGGUUCUUCACCGGCCCCCGGUUAUUUCAAGAGGGAGGCUUCCUUUACUGCCUCUUGUAGACUCAUUUCCAUGUUUUGGUAGCAUAUCAAGAAAACCCACAUCUCCUUCAUUAAGAUAUAAAGAAAUAUCAACGUUGAGUUCGAGAUUCAGCACAUUAAGAGCACAAGCAUCCAAUGUUGGUAUUGGAUCUGGAGGCUAUGAUGGCCGGGAGGAAAAAGACAAGCUUAAGGGUUCAGCAAGCGACACUUCUUCUGAAAUAUUGAAGCCUCCUGGUCAAAUUCCUUAUCCUCUCUCCAUAGCUAUUGUGCUCUUUGGAUGUGCUUUAGUGUUUUCACUGAUUGCCUUUGCAAAAGGAGGACCUUCAUCAUUCUUAUCAGCAGUUGCAAAGUCAGGCUUGACUGCUGCCUUCACAUUAAUAUUUGUUUCCGAAAUUGGAGAUAAGACCUUUUUUAUUGCUGCACUGUUGGCCAUGCAAUAUGAGAAAGGACUGGUAUGUUCUCUCCUAACUUUCUAUUUCUCUGCUGUGUUUGUUACCUGUUCUUUAUCUCUAUAUUUUGCAUCUGUCUCACUUUUAUACUCGGAAGUACUUUUCUGAAAUGACGAUAUGUGCCUGGUAAGUGAAUUUGUUUCUUAAAUCUUAAUGGAAGCUUAUAUGGAAGUCUCCACUGUUAUGUUAAUUCUGUCAUCUUUCUUGAUGGAUCAUGGUUUGAAUCAUUGGCAAGGUUCUUUUGGGAUCAAUGGCUGCGCUUUCUCUUAUGACCAUCUUGUCAGUGGUGAUUGGACGGAUAUUUCGAUCAGUUCCUGCUCAAUUUCAGACAACCUUGCCAAUUGGAGAAUAUGUAGCCAUAGCUCUUCUAGUGUUCUUUGGCCUCAAAUCUAUAAAAGAUGCAUGGGACCUACCACCAACCACAAACAAAAAAGGUGACAAGAGCAGCCAUGAACUUGAUGAAUUUGUGGAAGCCGAGGAACUUGUUAAAGAAAAGGUUUCAAAACGGCUCUCAAAUCCAUUUGAAAUUGUUGGGAAAUCAUUUAGCCUUACAUUCUUUGCUGAAUGGGGAGACCGUUCAAUGCUUGCAACAAUUGCCCUUGCUGCUGCACAGUCUGCAUGGGGUGUGGCUAGUGGAGCCAUUGCUGGACACUUAUUUGCAACAUCUAUUGCAGUUCUAGGAGGAGCAUUUCUUGCCAACUACGUUUCCGAAAAACUGGUGGGUUAUCUAGGUGGAGCACUUUUUCUGGUUUUUGCUGCAGCUACAUACUUUGGAGUUUUCUAGUAAAAUUUUGGGAGAUUUCUCUGCGUGUAUAGUAGAACACUGCUACCUGUGGACGUCAAGACAGAACUAGUGAUUAGAGGAAACGAAGCCCUUGAUUAUUUGCCGCUGAAUCUGUGAGGAGGCACACACAUACAACCCUGAAUGUCCUUCCCUCUACAUGUUCAUUGCAGCGGAUAAAAAUUCAAAAUAUAGGUCACAUUAGAAAUUUUAACAAACUUUGAAGGAUAAUCUUGGCCUUUGAGACCAGCUUGGUAGUAUGUUAUAUAAUGUAUGUGUGGAUCAUGUCUGCUGCUGCUCGGAUCACCAAUGCUAGGCUGUAAUGAGCUUAUAAACUUGUUUGUUUACAUUACGCCCGUCUUAAUGAUUGAAUUU